UGCCGUUGCGCGAGGCGUGACUUCCUUGUAUUGAUGUCACCGUCACCAUUGAUGUGUAUCUCGAUGCGAAGUCAACAUCUCCCAUUCUCACUCAAGGCAACAUGAUCACGACCACGGAUGCGUUCUCAGUCGAGAAUACAGUGAGUCUACCCCUCGGGAAACGUUCGCACAAGCACCUACUCGCCAGUCUGCCUGCAACAAACAAUGGGAAAGCUGGCUAUCUCUUUCUAACCGCUUCCACCGACGACAUCGACGACAGCAGCGCGAACACAGACGAGGUCGUUGCCACGGAAGAACUCAAUCCGUCGCGACCGGAUGGUCGGCGUUUACUGUUUCCGGCUGGUGGUCUCGUUCGCUUCGGACGGCGAGUAUGGAAAACCCUUCGUCGCCGUCGUCGUCGUUUUUUUCACGUUCCUUCCGGCGUGCGUCGAGCUUUUUCUCGUAACGACUUGAGCGUGGAGGCGCCGGUUGCACCUCAGAUAGGCGUGAGAACGUCUAGCGAAGAUUCCGAUGACAAUAGACGCAGUCGAACGACGAAUGAUUACUCUAGCUCGACGUUAUCGCGGUUAUUCAAUGCUUUAGCGAUUGACGAACGUCACACGCCGGGUGGAUCGGAGUGUGAUGUCGAAGCUGGUGAGUUAUCUCAGGCUAGACCGACUGGGAAUGCACAAACGUUGGAGUCGGAGAGCGGCUCUGAUGACAUGUUUUGGGAUUCGGACGUUGACGAGCGUCCUAGAGCCGGAUUUCUACAUGUGAAUACGAAUAGCACGAGUAGCUUAGCAGCACGUGAAACUGAGGAAGCCCCUCCUCGACCUCCUCCUCGCCUUACUCCUCGUCUUCCUCCUCGUCUUCCUCGUCGUCUUGCUUCUUCUCUGCUGACACCAAGAUUGCCUGUUUGUCAAAAUGUAGGCCAGAAUUCUGCAGCCUCUCCUCUUUGUCGUGAAGUAACAGAUGCCAGACGGUCAUCACCUUCUUGGAAUAUGAAAUCCAAUCAAGAGAAAUCUCAUGGAAGAGAAGCGUCACAGAAAUGGUCUGGACAUGACCCAUUGAGUUAUAGAGAACUUGUUCGGUACGGAUGGUACUGGGGACCGUUGAAGAGAGCUGAGGCUAAUGAGAAGUUGACUGGUCAACCUGUUGGCACUUUUCUCAUCAGGGACUGUUCGGACGAAAGGCAUCUCUAUGCGAUUAGCUUCGUCGCUCCUUACCAGGAGGUGAAGCAUGCUCUCAUUUCAUACCAUCGUGGCAGGUGGAGCUUCUAUCGUGAAAUGCUGCACUGCGAGUGGUCGCUCUUCGAACUGGUUGAGCGUUCGCUGCUCAAGGGUGCUCAAGGUAUCCCCGCACUCAUAUGGGAUCAGGGCUCGAUAGUCCUGAGAAAGCCUUUGUCACGAUUUCAUACCCUACGGUCUUUACAGCACCACUGCCGAUUCGUAAUACGACUUCAAUGUCGAAUAGAUCUAAUAGCCAAACUUCCACUUCCCUCAGGAUUGAAAGAGUAUUUGAAAGAUGACAUUAUGUAACUAUGGUACACAAUAUCCAAGAGAGAGAGAGAGUGUGUGUGUGAGAGUGUGCUGACAAUUAAUAUUUGGAGUAGGUCUCUUAUUAUAUUAGAUGAGUUGCUUUGGUUCCCUGCACAUGAACUGGCCAUGCUUGUUGUUUACAGAGAUAGUUGUUAGUUGUAUUUACGUAAAUUUUUGGUAAGAUAGUGAAUGUCACUUGACAUGACGUUCUCUUUGCAAAUGGUGCUGAAGUAUGAGUAUAGGGUUUGGUGUUGGUGCAAACUUCAGCAUUUUUGUAUUAUUAUUAUUAUUAUUAUUAUUAUGUGUAGAUUUCUAGCUAAUGUAAACUAAACUUGUUCACUCAAAUGUUCGAGUGUCUCCUAUGUAAUCAAGGUUCUUGCAAUCAAACUGGUAACAAGUACAGUAACACUAAUAUAGCAUAUUAGGAAACCUGAUUUGCAUUAUCACUGGGUUAUGAUAAGGUAUGGGGUUGUGAUGUAAGGUAUGGGGUUAUGAUGUAAGGUAUGGGGUAGGAUAACCCUACUAGAUAACAUGGUCAAAUCUCUCAACACACACUGGUUAUUCACAUAGACUAUAAUACU